CGCGCCAGCAACCGGUUGUCCGACUCGACGCUACGCAUCAGUGACGUGUUUCCCCAAGCGUGUGCCUGUGUCAGUUCAAGGAUACCGUCGAGUGUCUAGCCGUUCAACGUUCAACUUCACCGUCUCAACAACUCAACAGCCAGCCAGUCAGCCAGCCAGCCAUGGCCGUCAGCCGAUUAUCCAUUGUGAAGUUCUUGGAGCUGGCCCUGGCCAUCACCUGCGUGGUGCUGCACUACAAAAGUCUCGGCGAGCGCGAUGACAUCACGAAGCUGCUGACGGCCGGCACGUUCGUUGGCUACAGCGUCAUCCUGAUCGCACUGUUCGCGGGGUAUCUGCUGAGCAACCCGCUCAACAAGAAGCUGGACCUGUUCUUCAGUCUGAUCGGCUGCGCGAUGUUCAUCGCGUCCGGCGUGCUGAUCCUGAAGGAGUGGGAGAACGCGUGGAGCACCGACACGAAGAAGAUCGCCAUCACCAAGGGCUCGCUCGCCAUCACGAACGGGGUGCUGUUCUUCUUCGACGCCAUCUUCACGCUGCGCGACUAAUCUCAUUGACAACGCCAAUCUUGCGGUGUCACUCACGUCACAGUAAUCUCAUCACCGUCGAUCCUCUCCGUGAUCUAUCUCAUGUAAGCGUAUUUCAUUUGAUCGCCUUUGGCACACGGGAACAGCGGGCGGCCCUUCCCCGCCACCGGAAGUGCGUGCGACAGAAGGAGGCUCUGGUUAUAACACAAACACUAUAUACUCCACUAUACUAUAUUAUUCGCGCCGCCGGAAGCGCGGUUUACUCGUUUUAUUUUUUUUAUUUUGUUUUCUACAAAUAUACUGUGUACCGUUUACCCCGUG